AAAAAGAAGAAAAAAUGAAGAGAAGAACAUAUAAUUCAUGUGUUUUGAUGUCCCUCCUAUCGUAGAUGGGUCUGCCAAGUCCAUUGAAGUUUGGGGACGGUUAGGUUUGAGAGAAGUGUUUCAAAUUGGAGGCCGUGGGAGUGGCCAAUUUGGACAAGAAAGCCAUGAGGUUGGACAAGAGGAAAGUGGUGGAGGCACCAAUUCGGGGUAUUGGAGAUGCUCGAAGCUUAUGCACUCCCUUUAUGCAUCUGGAAUGGAAGUCUUGUGGUGGGUGGCAAAAUGGUUGGUGAGAAGUGAGAAGUAAGAAGAUAAAGUAGAAAAUUAGAAAUAGGUGGGGUUAGUUAGGGUGACAAUUAUUUCGGAGUUCUGUUUCCUUUCCUCUGUGUUUAAGUACUUUAACCACAAGCAGAAUUGAUUUUCUUAAGGUAAACCAUGCAUGUAUUCUUUUGUUAGAAUGAAACAUGUGGAGGACCAAAACUCAGCUGCACCACACGAAUUUUAUUUUGUUUUUUAGAGCCAGCAAUUUGCUAGUGAAUUCAUACCAUAUUAAAAUAGAAGAUGGUGGUCAAUAGAGUGGAAGAAUUGUUCAUAUCAUUGUAUAAAUCUUUAAACAGUUUAUUUAUCAAAAAAAAAAUCUUUAAACAGUUAGCCAAGGAUGGUUUCGGAAAAUAAGUAAAUUGAAUUCAUUUCUUUCAUAUUCCAAAAAAUAAUAUAGGAUCCUAUCACUUCUUUGCUAAUUUUAUUCCAAACAAUAGAGUUCAAUCUGAUGUCUACCAGAGUAAUAGAUUCACCAUGAUAAGAUUUGGUUUUCAUGUUAUUGCCAUAUCGUUUGUGUCUAUUUUAUGGUCUAUGUAGUUCAAGCUUAGGCAGGUUAAGGUUUUAGAUUUCCAGGGUUCCAAAUAACCUAAAAUUUUAAGUUUCAGAAAUUGGAAAGGUUUUCUUUUCAUGCAUUUACUUUGCAUUCAAGUUGAAGAUUACUGUUUCGAGUGUUGUGUUGGCGUCUUCUGUUUUAUGCAGCUUCAUGGUGUACGUGUCCAAUGCAUUAAUAUUGGAGGAGGAGUUGGGGAGAUUCCAGACGGCAAGCGCCUGAGAAUCGCUCUUCAGCACAUUCAUGGAAUUGGCCGCUCUAGAGCGCGCCAAAUUCUCGCCGAGCUUAGCAUUGAGAACAAACUCGCCAGGGAAUUAACAGGAAGAGAGGCCUACUCUCUCCGAGAGGAGCUCUGUAGGUACAUGACUGGGCAUGACUUGCACAAUCAAGUGACAAAGGACAUAGCAAGAUUGAUGGAGAUUCAGAGCUAUAGAGGGAUAAGGCAUAGUCAGGGGUUACCAUGCAGAGGACAGCGCACUCACACCAAUGCCCGGACCUGGAAGGGUAAGGCAGUUGCAAUUCCAGGAAAGAAGAAAGCUUAAGUAUUGGGAUGCUUCUCUUCUCCAUUUCUUCGGUUUUGACAUGUAACUCACUUUGAAGGGUGUUUUAUUUGUAGCUCUUUCCAAACUUUACUUCUUUCAGUUUUAUGAUUUCCUCAUGGAAUAAGUUUUCGGUUUUUCCUGAAUUUGUAAGCAUUGGAUUUUUUGUAUUUUCGCAUUAACUUUAAUAGCGGUGGCCUAGAAAUCGGUCCAAGCCUCAUGGGUGCA